UUAAUAAAAUAAGUAUUUUUUUGUUGUUCUAGAAUUAAAUUAUUAUAAGUUCGAACUGGUGAAUAUAUAUUAGACAGAUAUUUAUAUUUCGAGUCUUCACUUAUAUUCUAUAACAGUUUGAUAUAUUAGAUUUGAACACUAACCUGUGAAUAGAGUUUGCAGGAGAUUUUCUUCAAAAAUUUGAUUCUUCGAAAAUUUGAUUCUUCGAAAUGUAUCUAGAGUGAAACUAAUUUUCACAAAUGUCCAUCUUUUUAAAUUGACAUUUAUGUAAUUCAUCGAAUUCACAAAAGAAGUUAAAAAAAACUCACAUUAGUGAAACAAAAACGAGGCGAAUGCAGAAAUUUAUAGAGGUAAAAAAAUGAAAUCACUUAUAGAUAGCCAAUACUAAACAAAUCGAGAGCAGAAAACCUUAUCAUUUUUCGUCAUUUUUACAAUUGAUGUUGCCUAUCUAAUUUUGGUGAUUUAUGUCAGCGGCAAAACUUUUUUUUUUUUUUGUAUAUAAAGUCUUAAAAAUAAUUAAAAUGAGUUAUAAUACGUUAACUCUUCAACAACAAUGAUACAUUUAAGAGACAAAUAUUUUUAUAAUUCGUCAUUUUACAAUCAAUAAAGAUUGUAGUGUUUCACAAUGUUAAAAUUAUUUAAUGAACAAAAUUAGUAUAAAAAACUUAUCACGUGCAUGUGUGCAUAUUAUCAUCUUGUUUAUUUAAUUGAAACAUGGUUACAAUUUGAAAAUGACCUUUUAGUCAUGUGUUAUAUUACAUAAAUGAUAAUAAUAAUUAAUGAAAACAAUUAAACUUCAUUAAGGUAAUUAUGAAAACAAUAUUGUACUAUAUAUUAUCUACAUUAUCUCAUGUUUACAAACAACACAAUAAUUAAUUUUGUGUCCAAAAAAAAUGUAAAAUAUAGUCUACUUUUCUAAACCAACCUAUAAUUAAUAAAAAAAAAAUUAUGAUUACAAUUUUCUUAGGGUUUAUUUCAUUUAAAACACAAAAAAUAUUUAUCAAAUACAGAACAAGUUGAACAAAUAGAAUUAUCAUUUCGAUUAUAAACUAAGAAACAAUUAAUAAAUUUUUCGGCUAAAAUAAUUUCAUGUUUUGAAAGUGCAAAUCAAAAUUUAGUAUUGGUUAUAACAAAUACCAUACAUGUUCAUGGACUAACUACUAAACAUUAAAGCCUUUGUUCAAAAAAAAAGGGACUACUAAACAUUACUGAAAUGAAGUCUCACGUGACGUUUCCAGUUUAUCAUCAUAAUUGGAUGUAACAUUUGUUAUUGACCAAACCCUAAGAAGGUAUCGAAAUAAAUAUGUGGAAGUAGAAUAGAAAAGUGCAAAUAAAUGUAAUUCAAGCCGUCUUCUUGACCAUGAGAAAGAGUCCUCCAAUACUUGACCAUGUCCAUGAGAAAGAGUCCUCCAAUACUUGCUUACCAUAUUUUUUGUUAUUUGUGUUGAAGAGAAAAAAUACCGUAAGUUAUUCAAAACAAAACCUUCCUUUUUGAGAAAGAAUUCAAAGUAACCUUUAUGACAAAAAAGUGAAUUUUAAAUGAAAUGUAUGAACAGUUUUCUUUUUGUAAACGUGUUCUCUCAAGAAAAAAUUCUAUAAAUUAAGAUCCAGCGGUAAGAAAGUUUCAUAAAGCACAAAAUCAAAACAAAAAAAGGAUCCAAAUGAAAGAAGCUCUUUCUGUUUUGUGUCUUGCUCUUCUUGUUUCGGUUUCCGAAGCAGCAGUCACGAAACCAGGUAUUGGAGAAUUCCUCGGAUGUCUUCGUUCUUGGCCUAGUCCCGAAUCUCCAAUCACCGAUGAUAUCUUCACUGCCGAUAACACCACCACCUUCUUGUCUUCUUACUUGGCUUACACGAAAAACACGAGGUUCGAGAGCCCUAACUACCAAACACUGUUGGCCAUCGUCACGGCAAAAAACCUAUCUCACAUUCAAGCCACGGUGGUAUGCGCAAAGUCCAACGGUGUCCAGAUACGUAUCCGAAGCGGAGGCCAUGACUACGAGGGGCUAUCAUACAUCUCCUCAGUCCCAUUCGUCAUUCUCGAUCUGUUCAAUCUCAGGUCUAUUACCGUUGACGUGCCAAGCAAGCAAGCUUGGGUUGAAGCGGGUGCCACGUUGGGAGAGCUCUACACAAAGAUCAGCGACGCGAGCGAAACGUUAGCGUUUCCUGCUGGCGUUUGCUCUACCGUAGGAGCUGGAGGACACAUAAGCGGUGGAGGAUACGGGAACCUCAUGAGAAAAUACGGAUUAACAGUGGACAAUGUCGUUGAUGCACUUAUAGUUGAUGUUAAUGGCAAGCUCUUGAAUAGAUCUACAAUGGGAGAAGAUCUCUUCUGGGCGAUUCGAGGUGGUGGUGGUGGGAGUUUCGGAGUCAUCCUCUCUUGGAAAAUAAACCUAGUCGAUGUUCCAGAGAUCUUGACGGUGUUUAGGGUUAACAAAACAUUGGAACAAGGCGGAAUCGAUGUUCUCUACAAGUGGCAGCUUGUCUCAUCCAAACUCCUUGAUGGACUUUUCCUCAGAGCACUGUCUCAGGUCGUAAACAGAACCAUCACGGUUGAGUUCUAUGCUCAGUUCUUGGGUCGAGCCGAUGAGCUUGUGGCGAUAGUGAACCAAAGCUUACCUGAACUAGGGCUAAAACGCCAAGAUUGUUUAGAGAUGAGUUGGCUUAACACAACGUUGUUUUGGGAAGACUUACCUGUCGGUACACCGACAAGCGUUCUUUUAGAUAGACCGUCUAAACCGGAAAAGUUCUUCAAGAGCAAAUCGGAUUAUGUCAAGAAACCAAUCCCUAAAGAAGGAAUCAAGAAGCUUUGGGAAGCAUUGUUGGAGUUCAACAAUAAUAAUAUUGUGUAUAUGCAAUGGAACCCUUACGGUGGCGUGAUGGACACGGUUCCGGCGGCCGCCACCCCGUUUCCUCAUCGGAAAGGAAACUUGUUCGAGGUUCAGUAUUAUACGUCGUGGUUGGACGCAAACGCCACAAUGGGUAGCUUGGAUAUGAUGAAGAAGUUGUACGAGGUUGCGGAACCGUACGUGUCAAGUAACCCGAGAGAGGCGUUUUUGAAUUACAGAGACAUUGAUAUUGGAAGCAAUCCGAGUAAUGAAACAAACGUUGAGGAAGCUGAGAUCUAUGGUUCGAAGUAUUUCGUGGGGAAUUUAAAGAGGUUGAUGGAAGUUAAAGCCAAGUAUGAUCCUGAGAACUUUUUCAAGAACGAGCAGAGUAUUCCUCCUGCGCGUGUGAAGCAGUAGUGUUGCUAGUUUUCAAAAUUUAAUUGUAAUAAGUUAUGUGGACAUGUGUUAUAGACUUUAUAGUAGCUGUAUUGUUUUCGUUGCUGUCCCAUAAUUUGCAUUAUGAUCAUUUUGUUAUAUUUAGUCAUUACUGAAUAAAGAAUUUCAUCGAACCGAGGUUUUGUACUUUUAUUUAGAAUAGCGGAAGCACUUAAUAAAUUGAGAAUUAUAAUUUACCGUUUUGUGAUGAAGGUUAAUGAUUAGAACAAUACUUUUGUAUUAAGUUAAACCAAUGCAAGAAACUUUUAAACUCAAAUCAUUAUGUAUGUUAAACGUUCUUUUUUUGUGUACUUUGAUUUCUAAUAACAAAAGCAAGUAGGCAACCCGUAUAGUUAAACCAAUUCUAGUGAAAACUUCCAUAUAUGUUACAAAAAGAAUUAUUCGAUGUUUGGUUGUAGUGUUUUACAAUGGACGAGCAAACAUCAAAAGCUGUCACCGAGACCUUUGUACGUUUAUUCGAGGAAGGGCUUAUCUAUAGGGAUAUUCGGCUUGUUCAUUGGGAUUGUCAUUUGAAAACAGCUGUUUCUGACGAUGAGGUAAGUCAUUGCCAUUGCGAUUCAUCCCGAUGAUGCAAGAUACAAGCAUCUUCAUGGGAAAUUUGCUGUGCACCCAUUUAAUGGACGCAGGUUACCAAUUAUCUGUGAUGGAAGGCUUGUUGACCCAGAUUUUGGUACCGGUUGUGUUAAGGUAUGUAUUUGGAUGCUAUGUUUCUGGUUGGAUUAUAUAUUUAAUCAAGUAUUAUUCAAUUAUACGGAUUUACUGAUAAAUUUGAUUUUAUAAUGGAUUUAAAUGAUUUUUUUGUUGAAAAUACAAAGACUCAAAUCCGAAGGUAAACUUCCGGAUUUGUAAAUAAAAUCUGAAUUUUUUUAAAAAUCUGUAUAUUUUACUUAGCUUUAUAAA